CAUCAUCAUCACAGGGUAUGCGGUUCCUCCUCCACAAGCACAACAGGCCUACAGGCCUCUCUCGCCUCAACAGAUUGCCGCUGCCCAACAUUAUCCCCAGUAUGGCCAUCCCCAGCAAAUUCAACCCGCGCAUACCGCCCCCGCAGCCGGCAUACCAAACACAGUGGGAUGAUUCCCGCAUCUGAAUCCGAUGGAACUGUCGUUGAAGACACCCCUGAAGCGCGAGCGGGUCCCGCUUUCCGUGGUGCGCGUCAAGAGACGGAUCCAAAGGCCAUUGGUGGAUCAAGGAGUAACCCAAAUGUGCCAGGCAUGUCGUAUGCCCUCCUCGAAGAAACGGGAGAGCGCACAAACAAGGGAAACACCAAAUUCAUCAUGGCCAUUUUGGCUGAAGCUUGGCUCUUUCACUUGAUUUUUAUUCUGGGUGGGACCUUUUUGCUGACCUUUUACGCGUGGGACUUUUCGUACACGGACACGAAAUUAUGGAACACGUCUUGCUACUGGAAGCUGGGCUGGCUGUUUCCUUUCCCUUACACACUGAUUUGCUUUUUCGGCUUGGUCUUGCCCUUUCGCACACCAAAGUUUCUCUACGACACGGAUAUGCCCAAGCGUCGCGUAGACAAUUUAUACAUUCUCACAGUCACAAAAGGUGACAACCGAGAAGCUGUCUACCGUGCCUGGAACGCCCACAAGCAUUUGGAGCGCUUGCACCCUUGUGUUCGUGUCCACGUGUUGACCGACGAGCCCUACUUUUUCGAAAACCUGAAUUGUUACACGUGCCCAAAGAGCUUCCGUACCGCCAACAGCAAGUACAAGGCCCGUGCCCUCGAAUGGUACCGUCAAACUAUGCGCUUUACAGAGCACGACUGGGUUCUCCACUUGGACGAAGAGUCUGUUAUUGACGACGAGUCGGUCAAGCGCGUGCUUGAAUUCAUUUGGUACGAACGCGAGUGCACGUGGGGUCAAGGCGUCAUCAUGUACAACCAGUACCGCUACUGGUCCAACUGGAUCUUUACUGUUGCCGAUGCCAUCCGUGUCGGAGACGACUUGAGUCGUUUCCACCUCCAGUACACGUACUUUAGGCGUCCUAUUUUCGGUGCUCACGGUUCCUUCUUGUUGACAAAUGGUCUCGUUGAAAACUCUGUUACAUGGGAUUUGGGCUCCUUGACCGAAGAUUUCCAAUUUGCCGUCCAUGCAUGGGAAAUGGGUUACAAGUGCGGAAAAGUUCCCGGCAUCAUUCGUGAACAGUCUCCCAUGGACUUGAUUGGAUUCUUGAAGCAGCGUCGUAGGUGGUAUGUCGGUAUUCGCCGUCUCCCUGCCUUUUUGCCCAAACUCUGGAGUUUCUUUUGGACCCUCGGUAUCUUUUGUCUAUUUUGCACGAUUGCCUCGAUCCCGCUCGGUAUUUGGCUCGCCAAAUCGAUUGACGGUGAAAGCGGCAACGACACACCACGGUGGUUUGGCCUCCUCAAGGACUUUUCCUUUGUCGUAUUUGUUUACCUGUACCUGAUUGGCAUUAUUACUCAAGACUUGGACAAAAAGGUCAAUCCCAUUAUGGCCUUGAUCCAUAUCCCCGCAACCCUGAUUCUCCAAUAUGUAGCGGGUAUUUUGGAAGCACUGAGUGUGGCAUAUGGUAUCAUUUUCCCGCCCGCUGACUUUGAUGUCAUUAAAAAAUAGUUGUGUGUGUGUGUGUGAUUUAUAUUAAGUGUGGACUAGGAUGGGAUCUUUUAUUAUCUAGUAGUUUGGGAAUUGUAGGUAGAGGGACAAAAAAAAUGUAUUUGAUAAAUAGGGGACGUCUUGAAACAUAGGACAUUAUUAAUGCCUGAUAA